AUGCAUAAGAUACAUGCUAAGAGCACCUCAGUUAAAUAUGACACAGUCAAAAGACACUCGGGUAAAUACGACUCGGUCAAAUAUGACUCGGUCAAAAGACACUUGGGUAAAUACAACUCGGUCAAAUAUGACUUGGUCAAAAGACACUCGGUCAAGAGACACUCGGUCAAGAGACACUCGGGUAAAUACAACUCAGUCAAAUAUGACUUGGUCAAAAGACACUCGGUCAAGAGACACUCGGGUAAAUACAACUCGGUCAAAAGACACUUGGGUAAAUACAACUCGGUCAAAUAUGACUCGGUCAAAAGACACUCGGGUAAAUAUGACUCAGUCAAAUAUGACUUGGUCAAAAGACACUCGGUCAAGAGACACUCGGGUAAAUGCGACUCGGUCAAAAGACACUCGGGUAAAUACGACUCGCACCUGCAUGACGGUGCCAUUAGGCAGGGUGGCAUAGCCGUUCAUAGGGAUGUGGUAACUACUGAGUGGGACAGAUACCGGAAUGUGCUGAGACUAAACCUUGAGAUGCGCUGUCGUGGCGGCAAUGCCAUUGGGUGGGGCGAUCAGCCUGACCGAGUCGCCAUCUGGCAUAGGAGUGCCAGAAUGGUUGCCAUUGGCUCUGUUCGUGGAAGCGGCGGUGCGAGGAGGGGACUGCUGAGCUGA